CCUAAUUCACCAAUCGCCAUUUCUUCCUCUCUUCUUAAACCCUCGCAAAACCCUGAGAGAGAGAGAGAGUGAGAGGGGAGAGAGAAGGAGAGAAGACAGACAGAGACAGAGAUGUCUGGAAUCGCCCGAUCUCGCAUCCUCUCCAACCUCUGGAAAACGAAAACAAACAGAUCCUUCUGUUCUACAAAUCCCCCAAAGGAAGCCAUCAUCUCUUCCCAAUCACUUCUCAACGACCAACCUCCUCCCCCAACCUCCUCCCAGAAGAAAUCAUGGAAUUUCCUGAAGUUUACGCUUUCUGCCACUCUCGUCGGAGCUGCUGCUACUGCUUGCUACGCUUCAUACGCUUAUACCUUAGAAGAAGUUGAUCAGAAGACAAGUGCUCUACGAGAAUCUGCAAAGUACACCGUAGGGGAUGGUGCUUCUACUCUUGAUAAAAUCGAGGCUUUCCUUUAUUCAGCUGCUAUGACAGUGCCUGCUAAAACUGCUGAGUUGUAUACGGAUACCAGGAGGUCAAUUGAAGAACAUGUGCGGGGAUUUACUGAACCAUCCUCAGAGAAGCUUCUUCCGGAUUUACUUCCACAAGAGCAACAUGUUUUUACCCUUGUUCUGGAUCUCAAUGAGACUUUAAUAUACUCAGAUUGGAAGCGUGAGAGAGGCUGGAGAACAUUCAAAAGGCCUGGAGUUGAUGUCUUCUUGGAGCAUCUUGCUCAAUUUUAUGAAAUUGUUAUUUAUUCUGAUCAGCUGAGUAUGUAUGUUGAUCCUAUUAUUGAAAGGCUGGACCAGAAGGGUUGUAUCCGAUAUAGGCUAUCAAGAUCUGCUACCAGAUAUGUCAACGGGAAGCAUUACAGGGACCUCUCAAAGCUGAAUAGAGAUCCUAGACAGAUUCUUUAUGUAAGCGGACAUGCACUAGAAAGUAGUCUUCAGCCGGAAAAUUCCGUUCAAAUCAAGCCUUGGAAGCUCGAUCCAGAUGACACGACACUUUUAGAUAUUAUUCCAUUUCUUGAAUAUGUGGCCCGGCAUAGACCAGCAGACAUAAGACCUGUCUUAGCAUCUUACGAAGGCCACGAUAUUCCAACUGAAUUCCUCGAGCGUUCUAAAGAACAUCAGAGGCGGAUGCAAGAACAGAAGCAGCAUGGACGUUUUUGGCGUCGUUGAGCUUUAAAACCACGACAUGAAUAGACCAAGAAUGGAGGCUUUUAGUCGUUGAUGGAGACACGGGCAAUGACUCUGAAAAUUUUGAGCCAUUCUCGUAUUGUGAAAUCAUAGGAAAUUGCAGAGCGCAAGUUAUUCUGUAUUUUUGUUUUGUUUCAUCAUUUUUUGAAGCUUACUUACAUCACCCUUGAAUUUUUCAUGGGAACCAGCACUGGAUCAUUGAAUUGUUUGUAUGUUGUUCCAUUCCUCUUUCACUGCCAGUUUUUCGAAUCCUAGGAUCACCCGAAUGUUGUGGUCUUUGAGCAUAUAUCCUAACCAUGGUGAUGGCCCCCAUUUGACAGGUCCUGAUAACUGUACGUGUUCGGUUGCCCUGAAAAUCAUGAAUAACGAGGGUGUAUUAGGUGCUAGUUUGAACAUUCAGAUUGUGUAGAAAUUCUGUUUCAUCGCCCCAUCAAAGUGGCCCGAUUGUUGGGUCAAGAUUUUUGCCAGCAGCACAUGGUGUUUAUACUAGUUUGGAAUUUGAUUUAUCCGUUGAAUUCAUUCAAGCAGUAUUUUGUGGUUUGUUUA